CACUGCCUCAUCAAAAGGCCCCACCACCACCACCACCACCACCACCACACCAGCAGCGGCAGCCACCUCCGCCACUGAAGCAGCACCAGUAGCACCAAAGGCAAACAUGGCUCCCAAGAAAUUCGUCGGUGCCAUCGACCAGGGCACGAGCAGCUCCCGGUUCAUGAUCUUUGACGACCAAGGCGCCAUCGUGGCCAUGCACCAGGAAGAGUUCGCCCAGAUCUACCCUAAAGCCGGAUGGUGUGAGCACGACCCAGAGGUCAUCAUGGCCUCCGUCACGCAGUGUGUGACAGAAGCCGCCAAAAAGUUCAAAGCCCUCGGCCACGAGCUUUCCGAGAUCAAAGCCAUCGGAAUCACCAACCAGCGCGAGACCACCGUCGUUUGGGACAAGACCACCGGCAAGCCAUUGCAUCACGCCAUCGUGUGGCUCGACGGCCGCACCAACGGGACCGUCAAGCAGCUCGUGGAGAAGUCUGGCAGCGUCACGCACUGGCAAGAAAAGUGCGGUCUGCCAUUCUCCACCUACUUCUCAGGCGUGAAACUUCGAUGGUUGCUGGACAACGACGAGGCGGUCAAGAAGGCGCAUGACGAGGACAGGCUGGCGUUUGGAACCGUCGACUCCUGGUUGAUUUACAACUUGACUGGUGGUGUGAAAGGUGGAAAGCACGUGUCUGAUGUGACCAACGCUUCCCGUACCAUGUUCAUGAACUUGCACACGCUGCAGUGGGACGACGAGAUUCUGUCGUUCUUUGGCGUCAAGAAGAAUGUCCUUCCCGAAAUCGUUUCCAGUGCUGAGGUUUACGGAAACGUUGUCGACGGACCUUUCGCUGGCGUUCCUCUCGCAGGGUGUCUCGGAGACCAACAAGCCGCUGUCGUUGGACAACGCUGCUUCAACCCCGGAGAAGUAAAGAACACCUACGGCACUGGCUGCUUCAUGUUGUUCAACACCGGCUCCAAGCCCGUCAUCUCCACCCACGGUCUCCUCACCACUGUGGGCUACAAGCUCGGCAAGGACGCCGAAGCUAUCUACGCCCUCGAAGGCUCCGUCGCCAUCGCCGGCGCCGCCAUCAAGUGGUUGCGGGAUAACCUCAAGAUGAUCAAGAGCGCCGCUGAGGUCAACGAGCUCGCUUCCGCCGUUGAGGACACUGGAGGCGUCUACUUUGUCCCCGCCUUCUCGGGACUUUUUGCGCCCCACUGGAGGGACGACGCUCGUGGAUGUAUCGUCGGUCUGACGCAAUACGCUACUCGUGAGCACAUUGCGCGUGCCACCCUUGAGGCCGUCUGCUUCCAGAGCAAGGAGGUCCUUGACGCCAUGAACGCUGACGCUGGUACCGACCUUGCCGUCCUUAAGGUUGAUGGUGGUAUGACCGCCUCCGACCUCGGCAUGCAAAUACAGGCCGACCUUUUGGGCAUUGACGUUGAACGCCCCGCCAUGUCCGAAACCACCGCCCUAGGCGCCGCCCUCGCCGCCGGUCUGACCGUUGGCGUCUGGAAGGACCUCGACAACUUCAAAGCCAGCGCCAAGCCGGACAUUUUCAAACCCACAAUCGAAACCGCUAACCGCGCCGAACGCUACGGACAAUGGAAGAAAGCCGUUGAGCGGUCUUUGAACUGGGUAGAAUAAACCAACACACCGACGAUGAAUAGCUUGGAUAUCUUUUUAGCUAGCUUUUGUAAUUUGAGGCAGUAUCACGCACGACGUAUUUGUAUCGUAUGUAGUUUGUAUCGUAUGUAGAUGAACCCGCUUCACCUCCCUUUUUGUUCCUCGACCCGGACAGUAAUAUCGUGCCGAGCCCUUCUUAAUUGCUCUCAUACCUCGUGUACAGUAUAUGUGUGAUAUAUCACCCCGUAGGGCCUCGCGUACAAAAUACCUUCAGAUCAACGCCGUACGCUGACGGGAUUAUUGAUGGGUGCCCAUCAAGUG